AUGGGGGUGAAGCGUGGUGGACAGACGGCGGCUGACGCCGUGGCUGAGGUCACAGGCAACAGCAGCAGCAGCAGCAACAACAACAGCAGCAGCAACAGCAGCAGCAACAGCAACAGCAGCAGCAAGAUGAUGACAGGGAAGCUAGAUGUCAGCAGCAGCAUAGAAGAAUAUUUGCUGCAGCUGCAUGCAGCAGCACCCCGUCUGCAUGCGGUCCCUUGUGCUGCAUUUAUUACCUCUAAUACAACCCUUAAGGAUCUAACAGACUGCAGCAGCAGCAGCAGCAGCAGCAGCAGCAGCAGCAGCAGUAUGGCACAAGAUCUAUUUGCUGCUAUUGAGCAGCAAACUGCUGCAGCAAACCCUAAAGCCUUUAAGGAAUUCGCGAAGAAUUUUCUUGCUGCAGCAGCAGCAGCAAUUGCUGCAGCAAACGCAUGCAGUGUAUGUGGGGCCAACCGCACACAGCAGCAGCAGCAGCAGGAGCAGCAGCAGGAACAGCAGCAGCAGCAGGAGCAGCAGCAAUGGGGUAUGUGUCUGCUGCCGCAUCUAAACCCCUCUAAGCAAAUUAAAUCCUUCGCCCCUCCUCAAGUGGUUUGUGGGGAUUGUCUUGGCGUUCUUGACUUGCGGCGUCUGCUGGCAGCAGCAGCAGCAAAUGCAGCAGGUUGCUGCGAUACACCGCAGCAGCAGCAGCAGCAGCAAGAAGCUGCUGCUGCAUUAGAGCAUUAUAUUAACAUUAACAGCAGCGAGGGGGGACCUCAAGGGCCCCUCCUGCACAGCAGAGGCAGCAGCAGCAGCAGCAGCAGCAACAGCAGCAACAGCAGCAGCACCAGCAGCAGCAGCAGCAGCAGCUUCCGGUGUCUUGCUGCUGCAGCGCAGCAAAGAAGUUUUGAUUUGUCUUUAGCUGUCGCAUUUAAUAUUCAUCUUCUUGCUAAGCAAUUGCCAUGGAAGACACAAGUUGUAUUUAAAUCUCAGCAGCAACUCUUUUCCUUCUUAAAGACUGCUGCUGCUUCUCCUGCUGCUGCUGCUGCUGCUGCUGCUGCUGCUGCUGCAGCUGGAUUCGUCAUGCGCCUUAAGACAGAGCCACUUGACGAUGUGCAGCAGCAGCAGCAGCAGCAGCAAAAGAAGAAACAAUUUACUACUAAUAAUAAUAAUCAUCAGCAGCAAGGCAGCAGCAACAGCAGCAGCAGCAGCAACAGCAGCAGCAAUGGGCGAGAUACAGAAGUAGCAGCGAAGCUUCCUAAGAAGAAGAAUGCUGCUGCUGCUGUUGCUGCUGCUGCUGCUCCUGCUGCUGCAGCUGAUUCCUCCCCGAAACGGAAGCAACAGCAGCAACAGCAGCAACAGCAGCAGCAAAAGCAGCAAAAGAAGAAGCAGAAGCAGCAAAAGAAUUCAUCUUAA